UUGAAGUUAGAAUAAAAUUAGCCAAACACCCCCUAAGAAAGGAUUCUUUCUCCGUUUAAGAUGGCGACUUCAAGAUUGGCAGCAGCAGCGGCGGAGAAGGUACGGACGGCGGCGAGACGGCAAGCCGUAAGCCUAACAGAAGCAGCGGCCGACAGGGUACGCCACCUCCUACAGCAGCGCCAACGCCCCUUUCUCAAACUCGGCGUCAAAGCUCGCGGUUGCAACGGUCUUUCCUAUACCCUCAAUUAUGCAGAUGAAAAAGGGAAAUUUGAUGAAUUGAUCGAGGACAAGGGUGUAAAGAUAUUGAUAGAUCCAAAAGCUCUUAUGCAUGUUAUUGGUACCAAGAUGGACUUUGUAGACGAUAAGCUCCGAUCUGAAUUUAUAUUUAUUAACCCGAACUCAAAAGGACAGUGUGGCUGUGGGGAGUCUUUUAUGACCACGAGUGGCACAGAAGCUGCAAAGGCCGGUGGCACUUCUUAAUUGUAUUUGCAACAAACUACACACCUUAUAAUCCCUGUAUAGUUUGUGUCACAAACUGUAACAUUCAAAAAAAUAAGAAUAAUAAAAGGAUAUAUUCAAACCUACCCGGUGUACUACUAUUUUUUCGUGUUGUACGUGAAAUGAAAUCUCACUGUACAUGACCACGCAAGCGAUUUUGGAAGUAGAUGACUUCUCGUUAUGGUUAA